AUGAGCGCGCGGGGCCGGGGGCGCCCGGCCGGGCGGCUGCUGCUGCUGCUGCUGCUGCUGGCGCUCUGGGUGCAGGCGGCGCGGCCCAUGGGCUAUUUCGAGCUGCAGCUGAGCGCGUUGCGGAACGCGAACGGGGAGCUGCUGAGCGGCGCCUGCUGUGACGGCGACGGCCAGACGACGCGCGCGGGGGGCUGCGGCCACGACGAGUGCGACACGUACGUGCGCGUGUGCCUUAAGGAGUACCAGGCCAAGGUGACGCCCACGGGGCCCUGCAGCUACGGCCACGGCGCCACGCCCGUGCUGGGCGGCAACUCCUUCUACCUGCCGCCGGCGGGCGCUGCGGGGGACCGAGCGCGGGCGCGGGCCCGGGCUGGCGGCGACCAGAACCCGGGCCUCGUCGUCAUCCCCUUCCAGUUCGCCUGGCCGCGCUCCUUCACUCUCAUCGUGGAGGCCUGGGACUGGGACAACGACACCACCCCAAAUGAGGAGCGACUGAUCGAGCGGAUGUCGCAUGCCGGCAUGAUCAACCCCGAGGACCGCUGGAAGAGCUUGCACUUCAGCGGCCACGUGGCCCACCUGGAGCUGCAGAUCCGUGUGCGCUGCGACGAGAACUACUACAGCGCCACCUGCAACAAGUUCUGCCGGCCCCGCAAUGACUUCUUCGGCCACUACACCUGCGACCAGUACGGCAACAAGGCCUGCAUGGACGGCUGGAUGGGCAAAGAGUGCAAGGAAGCCGUGUGCAAGCAAGGGUGUAACCUGCUCCACGGGGGAUGCAGCCUGCCUGGCGAGUGCAGGUGCAGCUAUGGCUGGCAGGGGAGGUUCUGUGACGAGUGUGUCCCGUACCCUGGCUGCGUGCACGGCAGCUGUGUGGUGCCCUGGCAGUGCAACUGUGAGACCAACUGGGGUGGCCUGCUGUGUGACAAAGACCUGAACUACUGUGGCAGCCACCAGCCCUGCGCCAACGGGGGCACCUGCACCAACGCUGAGCCUGGCCAGUACCGCUGCGCCUGCCCAGACGGCUACCUGGGCAAGAACUGCGAGCGCGCUGAGCACGCCUGUGCCUCCAACCCGUGUGCCAAUGGGGGCUCUUGCCACGAGGUACCAUCCGGCUUUGAGUGUCACUGUCCGUCUGGCUGGAGCGGGCCCACCUGUGCCAUCGACAUCGACGAGUGUGCCUCGAACCCGUGUGCGGCCGGCGGCACCUGUGUGGACCAGGUGGACGGCUUUGAGUGCAUCUGCCCCGAGCAGUGGGUGGGGGCCACCUGCCAGCUGGACGCCAAUGAGUGCGAAGGGAGGCCAUGCCUUAACGCUUUUUCUUGCAAAAACCUGAUUGGCGGCUAUUACUGUGAUUGCAUCCCGGGCUGGAAUGGCGCCAACUGCCACAUCAAUAUCAACGACUGUCGCGGGCAGUGUGAGCACGGUGGCACCUGCAAGGACCUGGUGAACGGGUACCAGUGCGUGUGCCCGCGGGGCUUCGGGGGCCGGCACUGCGAGUGGGCGCUAGACACGUGCGCCAGCAGCCCCUGCCGCGGCGGCGGCCUCUGCGAGGACCUGGCCAACGGCUUCCGCUGCCACUGCCCCAAGGGCUUGUCUGGGCUGCUCUGCGAGGUGGACGUGGACUUGUGCCAGCCGAGCCCCUGCCAGAACGGCGCUCACUGCUACAGCCUGGACGGUGACUACUACUGCGCCUGCCCCGAUGACUUUGGCGGCAAGAACUGCUCUGUGCCCCGGGAGCCGUGCCCAGGCGGGGCCUGCAGAGUGAUCGACAGCUGCGGGUCCGAGGCGGGGCCCAGGUUGCCGGGCUUGUCGCCGUUCAGCGUGUGCGGCCCCCACGGCCGCUGCGUCAGCCAGCCUGGGGGCAACUUCUCCUGCAUCUGUGACAGUGGCUUCACCGGCACCUACUGCCACGAGAACAUCGACGACUGCCUGGGCCAGCCCUGCCGCAACGGCGGCACCUGCAUUGACGAGGUGGACGCCUUCCGCUGCUUCUGCGCCAGCGGCUGGGAGGGCGAGCUCUGCGACACCAAUCCCAACGACUGCCUCCCCGAUCCCUGCCACAGCCGCGGCCGCUGCUACGACCUGGUCAACGACUUCUACUGCGCCUGCGACGGCGGCUGGAAGGGCAAGACCUGCCAGUCGCGCGAGUUCCAGUGUGACGCCUACACCUGCAGCAACGGCGGCACCUGCUAUGACAGCGGGGACACCUUCCGCUGCGCCUGCCCCCCGGGCUGGGAGGGCAGCACCUGCGCCAUCGCCAAGAACAGCAGCUGCCUGCCCAACCCCUGCCUGAACGGGGGCACCUGCGUGGGCAGUGGGGACUCCUUCUCCUGCAUCUGCCGGGACGGCUGGGAGGGCCGCACCUGCACGCACAAUACCAACGACUGCAACCCUCUGCCUUGCUACAACGGUGGCAUCUGCGUUGAUGGUGUCAACUGGUUCCGCUGCGAGUGUGCGCCUGGCUUCGCGGGUCCCGACUGCCGCAUCAACAUCGACGAGUGCCAGUCCUCGCCCUGCGCCUACGGGGCCACGUGUGUGGAUGAGAUCAACGGCUACCGCUGCAGCUGCCCACCGGGCAGGGCCGGCCCUCGGUGCCAGGAAGUGAUCGGGUUCGGGAGGUCCUGCUGGUCCCAGGGCGCCCCGUUCCCGCACGGGAGCUCGUGGGUGGAGGACUGCAAUAGUUGCCGCUGCCUGGAUGGCCGCCGGGACUGCAGCAAGGUGUGGUGCGGGUGGAAGCCCUGUCUGCUGGCUGGCCAGCCCGAUGCCCUGAGUGCCCAGUGCCCGCUGGGGCAGCGGUGCCGGGAGAAGGCCCCGGGCCAGUGCCUGCAGCCACCCUGCGAGGCCUGGGGGGAGUGUGGCGCUGAGGAGCCCCUGCCACCCAGCACCCCCUGCCUGCCGCGCUCCGGCCGCCUGGACAACAACUGCGCCCGCCUCACGUUGCGCUUCAACCGAGACCAAGUGCCCCAGGGCACCACUGUGGGCGCCAUCUGCUCCGGGAUCCGCUCCCUGCCAGCCACGAGGUCCGUGGCCCGGGACCGCCUGCUCGUGCUGCUCUGUGACCGCGCGUCCUUGGGCGCCAGCGCCGUGGAGGUGGCCGUGUCCUUCAGCCCGGCGUGGGACCUGCCGGACAGCAGCCUGAUCCAGGACGCGGCCCACGCCAUCGUGGCCGCCAUCACCCAGCGGGGCAACAGCUCGCUGCUCCUGGCCGUCACCGAGGUCAAGGUGGAGACGGUCGUCGUGGGCGGCUCCUCCACAGGUCUGCUGGUGCCCGUGCUGUGCGGCACCUUCAGCGUGCUGUGGCUGGCGUGCGUGGCCAUCUGCGUGUGGUGGACGCGCAAGCGCAGGAAAGAGCGGGAGAGGAGCCGGCUGCCGCGGGAGGAGAGCGCCAACAACCAGUGGGCCCCGCUCAACCCCAUCCGCAACCCCAUCGAGCGGCCAGGCGGCCCCGGAGGCGGCGGGGGCCACAAGGACGUGCUCUACCAGUGCAAGAACUUCACGCCGCCCCCUCGCAGGGCGGACGAGGCGCUGCCCGGGCCGGCCGGCCAUGUGGGCGGCGGGGACGAGGAGGACGAGGAUCUGUGCCGUGGCGAGGAGGACUCCCUGGAGGCGGAGAAGUUCCUCCCGCACAGAUUCACCAAAGACCCCAGCCACUCGCCGGGGAGGCCGGCGCGCUGGGCCUCGGGCCCCAAAGUGGACAACCGUGUGGUGAGGAGCGCCCACGACGCGCGCUACGCCGGCAAGGAGUAGGGCUGCCGCCGCCAGGACCCGGAGCCCCCGCCGGGCCUGGAGGCCGAGGCCGUGUGCAUAGUUUCUUUAUUUUGUGUAAAAAACACCAAAAACGAAAAAAAUGUUUAUUUUCUACAUUUCUUUAACCUUGUAUAAAUUAUUCAGUAACUGUCAGGCGGAAAACAAUGGAGUAUUCUCGGGUAGCCGCUAUUUUUGUAAAGUUUCUGUGCGUCACAUUUGCCGUGUGGCAGGAGAAAGCAGGGGUGUCUGUGUUCUCACCAAAUGUAUGACGUUGGCUCCCAGAGGUCGUGCACUGUUUACAGAAUCUUCCUCCUUAUUCCUCACUUGGGUUUCCCUAUGGCUCCCGGCCACAGAGCUGGUGAGACCCGCGGCUGACAGCGUGGCCCGAGGCUGUCCGUGGGACCCGUGGCUGUAGGUGGGACCCUGUGGUGGUGGGCGCGGCCCUGGGUGUGGAUGUGGCGUGGUCGCCAGCAUGGCCGGUGGCUGUGGUGGCACCCGCGGUUGUCAAGGGGCUUGAGGCCACCGGCGUGGCCCCAGGCAGCGGGCAGAGCCUCGCUCCUGCUGGCCGGUCCCGCCCGGCCGCCGUCCUCGCUUCCUGCCCAGCGCCCGCUCCAGAGAUCUGUCCACUGUGCUUUCAGAAGUGCCCUUCCCGACCGCGCGGUUGUCCCCUCCCGGGACGGCGGCAGCAUCGAAGCUCAUGACAAGUGCCUUCACAGACUCCCCCGCACCCGCCAGCGUCCGCCGUGGGCACCAGGGGCUGCCCACCCGCGAGUCCCGGCCACCCUCCUCGUGAAAGUGCAUUUUUGUAAAUAUGUACAUAUUAAAUGAAUCACUCUGUAUAUUUGAUUUAAUAACUUAAACGUUUUGGCCUCCCUUGUU